AUGGAUUUCAUUAAUAAUAAUAUGAAAUAUAAAAAAUUUAUUAGUACACCCCUUUAUAGUCACACCACUUGGGAUCAAAAAAAAAAGGGUGUGAUUAUAAAAAAAGUCAUAUGUUGUGACUAUAGAGAAGAGUUGCCGGACGAAAAGUAUAGCCGGACUUUUGAAAUUGAGCAUGACCGGACUUUUGAAAUUAAGAGUUGCCAAACGAAAAGCACGACCAAACUUCUGGAAUUGAGGGUUUUAAUAAUUAAAGACACGACCAGAAUUUUGAAAUUGAGCUGGGAGACUUAUUUUAAAAAUGGACAAAAUUGUCCAGAAUUUUUUCUAAGAAACGGCACAGUUAUGCAAUUUAGAAAAAUAUCGGUCUAUGCUUAA